AAACUGUAGAGAAGCAAGGCGAUAACGCCACCUUUCCUUCAUGCAGUAGGACGUGAACAAACUUGAAAACACCUCCAAUUACACAAACUACAAAGCUACAUCAAAUGCCGAUAACACUUCCUCUUUUUAUUGAUUUACAUUUACCAAAUAUAAGCAAUGAACAAAUCUAGAAGAUGCUUCACAUUAUCUCUUCUUCUUCACUUCAUCGUUCUCUCGCAUCAGAUCCUAUGGGUAGUUGGUGAAACUGUGCAGAACCAGAUCAAAAAUGAAGACAAACCUUCUUUCUUCCAGGUUGUUUCAAACACCUUUUCUUUGUUGAAGAAAUCUCAUAAAAAUUCUUUGGAAAAAAUCAAAACCAUUGUCCAUGAUUUCCGCUUGCAGUUUACUUCAUCUAAGCCAGAUGAAGAAGCAAUGAAGGCAAACUUUGAAACAAAUAAAGAAAAAGUUCAAGAAACUGAGAAAUCUACAGAAAAAACUCUGCAAAAUACUGUUGAGAAGGUUGAAGACAAAAAAGAAUCCCGUGAUGAACUUUAAACAAAACCAUAAAUCGUAUCAGUAUACUAAUUUAUUGUGUUAUUUGUAAGUCAGCUUUUCUGUUAUAAUUAUAUCAUCUUUUAAGUUACUAAUAUGCAUUCGUUCUCCAUCCCUGAUGUACUUUUCUACUAGCCUAGGUUUAUGGCUGAACCUUACAAUAUUUUAAUGUUAUUUUAAUUCAUUGAAAUAA